GGCGUUAGGAGGUGUUGGUUUUUAGCGGAUUUCGGGAAGAUUGUAUUUAUUUUUUGUUUACAUUUGUGAAAUUAAAAUGAGUAACGCAAGACAUAAUGUAUUUAUAUUCAAUUAUAUUAAAAAUAAUCAAAACGAUAUAAAUUAUCUUACAAGAACGUUUACAAAGUACAAUUGUUUUGUUAAGGAGCAUAAAAAUUUAACAUAUGCAGAAUUCAAAGCCGCCGCUGAUGAGAUUGCAACGGCAAAUUUUACUCUAUUUAAGUACAUUGUCAUCAUUGUGUUGGAUAAUCAAAACCCUUACAAACAUCUCAUCAAAACGUCAGAUAAUAAAACAGUCUAUAUAAAUCAACAGCUAUUAACGCAUAUACAACAAAAUAAAACGCUACUAAGAAAACAACGUCUGUUUCUGAUACAAACAAAUCAAAACGUUAUCGAGAAGUACAAACAUUAUAUACCAUCAGAGAAUGAAAGUACUUCAAAAAUUCUCUAUGUAGGCCAAACCAUUACUUUAUUCGCACUCGAACCAGAAGAACGCCUUACUAACUAUUGGAAAACACCAAAUGCGCCUGUUAGUCCAUUCAUAAAGGCUUUCUGUGACAACUUUGAUAAAUAUGCUGACAACCUAAGAAUCAACAAAAUCUAUGACAGAAUCCAUCACGACAUGAGUAACACUGAGCAUACUCCCAUUUUUGAUUCAAACCUCAAUUCAAAUGACGAUGGUAUUUACGGUUAUGCUCUUGAAGACCACAUAAAACGUGACUUCUUCUACAAUAACUAAACUAUAUACAGUAUUUUAAAUAUAUUUUUGUUUUUAAAAAAUAAAUUUGAACUCACAGAA